CGCCGCCGGCCGCCUCCAGGCUGCCAGCGCGAGCAGGAGGCAUGGCGGACAACGAGGGGCCGAGGGGUCAGCCCCUGCAGAUAGUGAGGCUGAACGUGAAAGAGAAGACCGCCGAGGUGGACGAGGAUGCGCUCGGCCGCCUGGAGAAGCGGCUGCGGGAGUGCGGCCACAGCAAGGUGGCCGUGGUGUCCGUCAUGGGGGCGUUCCGCACCGGCAAGUCGUUCCUGCUGGACAUGUUCCUCCGCUACCUCCGCUUCGAGGAGGAGCGCGGCCCUGCCAAGAUCGUGGACGCGCCGACCCGCUCGAAGGAGACCCCCUUCCCGCUCCCGGACUGGAUGACCUCGGCGGGCUCCCUGCUGGAGGGCGCCGGCGACCGUAAAGGGGGCUUCAGCUUCAAGGGUGGCAUGGACGCUGUCACCGAGGGAAUCUGGGUGUGGUCCGAGCCCUUCACAUUCAAAGCGGCUCCAACUAAGGAGAAUGGCACCAAGACAAAAGUUGCACUCAUCCUCAUGGACACACAGGGCGCAUGGGAUGGCAACAUGACGAAGGAGCAGUCGGCAACCAUCUUCGGUCUCACGGCCGUGCUUUCGUCCAAACAGAUCUACAACAUCAACAUGCAGGUGCAGGAGGACAAGGUCGAGAACCUUGCAUUCUUCAUGCGCUUCGCCCAGGCGGCGAGCCCGAAGUCGGACGCACGCGCGCCGCGGGGCACCCUCGGGCGCGCGUCCCUCGAGGCCUCGGGCGUCCGGGCCCCCGGGGCGGCGCUGGCGAAGUCGGCAGCCAAGCAGGCGGACGGGGGCCCGAAGCUCUCCAACGAGUGCGUCGACCGCCCGUUCCAGACGCUCGACUUCCUGGUGCGCGACUGGAAGUACUUCAAGGCGGACUGGAACUUUGACCAGUGCAGGGAGCAGAUGCAGCAGCACAUCGACAAGUUCACCGACCCCGCGAAGGUCGUGGAGAACAGCACCGCCGAGGCCCUCAACAGCAUGUUCAAGCACAUAGCCUGCUUCUGCCUGCCGCACCCGGGCUUCGCCAUCGAGAGCGAGGACUGGUCCGGCGACGUCAAGGACCUGGACCAGGACUUUGUGCGCUUCCUGGACACCUACGUCAGGGAGGUGUUCACCAAGGCCCUCGAUGUCAAGGUGAUCCUGGGCCAGGAGCUGAGCACCCUGACGUUUCCGAUCAUCCUGCGGCAGUUCGUCGCAGCAUUCCACGACACGGCCCCGCAGACGAUGUCGUUCAACCAGGCGAUGACCAGCGCGUCGGCGCUCCUCGCCAAGGAGCAGGCGAUGACGAUCUACACCAAAAAGAUGGAGGAGAGCAUAAAGAAAAGCAAGGCCGGCUUGAACCAGGAGGCCUUCGAGGGUGCGAAUAGAGCGGCGAGGAAGCAUGUGCAGGAGGAAUUCAAUAGCACGAUGGUCUUCGGAGAUUCCGACGCGAGGAAGACCACUUGGGAGGGCAUAGAGGAUAACCUGAAGGUUUUGCAAGAGAGGUACAUUGAGGACAACAGGAGGCGGCUCGAGCAGGUGCUCGUUCCCUUCGCAAACGCCGCGCUGAUCGGGGUGAGUCUUUUCCUGUUCGACCGCCUGAGUGACUUCACCUGUGACUGGUGGUUGCAGACGUGUGUAGACAUGAGUAAGCUCAUGCUCACGUGCUACGUCAGCAUUUUCAUCCAGCGGAUCUACGUGUCGGUGCACGUUUAUUUCAUCGCUGCCGAGAGCGGGAAGGUCCAGGUCGCGCUAGCCGCUGGCGAGAUGUGGAAGGAGAUGAUGAGGCUGGUGUCCGUGUACGGAGAAGAGGCGAAAAAGGCCAACUUCGCGGGCGUGAUGGAGCUCCUGCAGAAGGCCGUGCUCGACAGCGUCCGCGGCCUGACCGGGGAGCAGGAGCUCAGCAGCGCUGGUGCCCCCAAGGGCAGCAAGAAGUCCGACUGA